AUACAUUUUUAUUUUUUAUUUUUUGGCUUUGAUAAACUGGUCUUCUUCAAUCAUUCACUUUUCUUGUGUCUCUCUCUGUCUCUUGGGUUCUCUGUGCGGCCGCACCACAGAACCUUGUUUGGAUCGGAAGCUGAGGACAACGUCAACGGCGAGGAAAACCCAGCCAUCGUCACCAUGGUCGAGACCCGGCGAAGCUCCUCCUCCAAACGCGCCCUAUCUUCUUCCUCUCCUCCGCCCAACCCCCCCAAGCGAUCCAAGGCGUCUGAGUCUUCGUCGUCGACGAACGAGGUUCAGAGCGUUGAGCCGGCGGAGCUCUUGGGUCCGGUGAAGGAAGCCGUGUCGGAAUCGGGAGGAGUGGAGCUCCGUUCCCCUGAUCCGGCCAACCCCGAUCCUCUGAAGGAGGCCGCCACCGUCGCGGAGUUCGACGCGACCUUGCCGGAGAAGUCAGCCGAAGAAGGGGUCGAAGAUCUGGCUUUGGUUUCGCCGCAACUUUCAGGUGAGGCGGCUGUUGAUGCGGAUAAAUCGAAGGCGGUUGUUCCGGCGAGCGGUCGGGGUAAGAAGCGUCCGUCGAAGCUGCCGAAGUCGAAUCCGAAAGCGGCUUGGGGAAAACUUCUUUCCCAGUGCUCUCUGAACCCUCACCUGUUUAUUCGCGACUCUCUUUUCACUGUUGGUCAAAGCGUUCAAUGCAAUUUAUCAAUUAAAGAUCCAUCAAUCAGUAAUACUUUAUGUAGAUUGAGACACUUAAAGCGUGGUAAUGCAUCUGUUGCAUUGCUGGAGAUUACUGGGGGCAAAGGUGCCGUUCUAGUAAAUGGAAAGACUUAUCAGAGAAGUUCUAGGGUGAUUUUAACUGGAGGUGAUGAGGUCGUGUUUAGUUCACUUGGGAGGCAUGCUUACAUUUUCCAGCAGCUCGUCAGUGACAGCUUAGCUCCUGCCAUUCCUUCUUCAGUAAGCAUCUUAGAAGCCCAGAGUUCUCCAGUUAAGGGGAUGCAUAUUGAGGCGAGAUCUGGGGAUCCCUCUGCUGUGGCUGGAGCAUCAAUAUUAGCUUCUUUGUCAAAUUAUAGAAAAGAUUUAUCUCUUAUCCCCCCACCUGCUAAAGCUGCUGAAGAAUUGCAACAAGAUGCGGAGAUAUCCUCCCUACCUACUGGCUGUGUAGGGUCAGGUGAUAUUGCUACAGACAUUGACAUGAAGGAUUGUUCUAAUAACAAUGAUCAGGCUGGUACAUCUUCAAGGGAAAAAGAGAUCGUGCCAUCCCCUGAUGCUGCGAAUGAAAACCCCAAUCUUGACAGCAUUGCCUUGGAUGCUAACCCAGAUGGUGAAGUGGGAAAGGUCCCUGGGCCACCUUAUGAAUUAAGGCCACUCUUGCGAAUACUUGCUGGCUCAUCUUCUUCUAACUUUGAUUUAAGUGGUAGCAUUUCAAAAAUAAUUGAGGAGCAAAGGGAGAUUAAAGAACUCCUCAAGGAUUUUGAUCGUCCAGGUUUGAUAGCAACUAGGAAACAAGCUUUUAAAGAUAAAUUGCAACAAGGAGUUCUAAAUCCAGCUGAUAUUGAAGUUUUGUUUGAAAGUUUCCCAUACUACCUAAGUGACGCAACAAAGAACAUUUUGAUUGCUUCGACAUAUAUACAUCUGAAGUGUAAGAAAUUUACAAAAUACACGUCGGACCUUCCUUCAGUGAGCCCGCGUAUACUGUUGUCCGGUCCCGCAGGAUCGGAGAUAUAUCAGGAAACUCUGGUCAAGGCACUUGCCAAGUAUUUUGGUGCUAGACUACUUAUUGUUGAUUCUCUUAUCUUGCCUGGGGGACCAACGCCUAAGGAUUCUGAUAAUCUAAAAGAUGGAACAAGGCUGGAAAGAUUGUUUUUUCCCAAACGAGCUGCACAGGCUGCUUGUUUGUCACAUAAGAAACCAGCUUCAAGUGUUGAGGCUGAUAUUACGGGUGGAUCCACUGUAAGCUCUCAGGCUCCUCCGAAACAGGAGACAUCUACUGCAUCGUCUAGGGGCAGUACACUUAAAAAAGGUGAUAAAGUAAAAUAUGUGGGUCCUACACCGGGACUUUCUCAACAUAGUUGUCCUCUCAGUGGACCGUCAUAUGGUUACCGAGGAAAAGUUCUUCUUGCGUUUGAGGGUAAUGGAUCCUCAAAAAUUGGGGUUCGAUUUGAUAAAUCGAUUCCAGAUGGAAAUGAUCUAGGUGGCCUUUGUGAGGAAAACCAUGGUUUUUUCUGCUCAGUUAAUCAUUUAGUGCGCUUAGAUGGUUCCGGAGGUGAUGAAUUUGACAAGCUUGCUAUUAAUGAACUAUUUGAGGUUGCAUCAAAUGAGAGUAAAAACAUUCCUUUAAUUUUGUUUAUAAAAGACAUGGAAAAGGCUGUGGUGGCCAACUCAGAUGCGUAUACAGUCUUAAAGGCUAAGCUUGAAAAUUUGCCUGAGAAUGUUGUUGUGAUUGGCUCUCAUACCCAGUUGGAUAAUCGUAAGGAGAAGUCCCAUCCUGGUGGUCUUUUGUUCACAAAAUUCGGAAGCAAUCAGACUGCUUUGCUUGAUCUUGCUUUCCCGGAUAGUUUUGGUCGGCUGCCUGAUAGAAACAAAGAAACCCCCAAAACAAUAAAGCACCUGACUCGACUUUUCCCCAACAAAGUGGUGAUACAGUUGCCCCAGGAUGAAGCAGUUCUUUCGGACUGGAAGCAGCAGUUGGAACGUGAUGUUGAAACCUUGAAAGCACAGUCAAAUAUUGUUAGCAUUCGCACAGUGCUUGAUCGGAUUGGCUUGGAUUGCCCUGACAUUGAGACUCUUUGCAUUAAGGAUCAAGCACUUACAUUUGAAAAUGUGGAGAAAGUUAUUGGUUGGGCCUUGAGUUACCACUUUAUGCAUUGUGCUGAAGCUUCAGUUAAAGAGGACAAAUUAGUAAUAUCUACCGAGAGUAUUAGGUAUGGUCUAAAUAUCUUACAAGGCAUUCAAAAUGAAAGCAAGAGUGUCAAAAAAUCACUGAAGGAUGUGGUCACGGAGAAUGAAUUUGAGAAGAAACUUCUUGCUGAUGUUAUUCCCCCAAAUGACAUUGGGGUGACUUUUGAUGACAUUGGGGCCCUGGAGAACGUGAAGGACACUCUGAAGGAGUUGGUAAUGCUCCCUCUUCAAAGGCCCGAAUUGUUUAACAAAGGACAGCUGACUAAGCCUUGCAAAGGAAUAUUGCUUUUUGGACCUCCUGGUACUGGGAAAACGAUGCUUGCAAAGGCUGUUGCCACUGAAGCCGGUGCAAACUUUAUCAACAUAUCAAUGUCAAGCAUCACUUCAAAAUGGUUUGGUGAAGGGGAGAAAUACGUCAAAGCUGUGUUCUCUCUAGCUAGUAAAAUUGCUCCUAGUGUGAUUUUUGUCGACGAGGUUGAUAGCAUGUUGGGGAGACGUGAAAAUCCAGGAGAACACGAGGCUAUGCGUAAAAUGAAAAAUGAAUUCAUGGUUAACUGGGAUGGUCUUCGUACAAAGGAUAAAGAACGCGUGCUAGUACUUGGUGCUACCAAUAGGCCUUUUGACCUAGAUGAGGCUGUUAUUAGGAGGCUUCCAAGGAGGUUAAUGGUAAACUUGCCAGAUUGCCCUAACAGGGAAAAAAUCAUUAAAGUGAUAUUAGCAAAAGAAGAGUUAGCACCCGACGUUGAUUUGGAAACGAUUGCAAACAUGACCGAUGGAUACUCUGGGAGUGAUCUAAAGAAUCUUUGCAUAGCAGCAGCUCACCGUCCCAUAAGGGAAAUUUUGGAGAAGGAGAAAAAGGAGAGAGCUCUAGCUUUGGCGGAGAACAGACCUUUAGCCGCAUUGUACAGCAGUUCUGACGUUCGUCAUCUGAAAAUGGAGGAUUUUAAAUGUGCUCAUGAGCAGGUAUGUGCGAGUGUGUCAUCCGAAUCGACAAACAUGAACGAGCUCCUCCAAUGGAAUGACCUGUACGGAGAAGGCGGUUCAAGAAAGAAGAAAUCUCUAAGCUAUUUCAUGUAGAAGAAGAUGGGAGAGACUUUGUAUUGUAUAGCGUUGGCACCAAUGUUUUUAUUCUUUUUCUGUGCCACCGUAGAGGAGUGGCAAAAGCUUUAGGACCUAAUCUUAAUGGAAAUGCCAUUUGUAGGUCCUGUCCCCCCUUUGUAUAAAAUAUAGGUUUUUGUUGUUGCCAUUUGUUGUUUUAUUUAUUUUUAACACUUUUUAUAAAUUUGUUAGUUAUUAAUUUAACUCUAAAUGUUAGGAAUUUUACAGUUUCUAAAAUCAAAGGUCGUUUGACACCUAGCAUUUUUUCUUCUCAAAA